CUGCUCCCCUCGGGCCUCCUAGCAAACAACAGCAGCAGCAGCAGCAGUCCACUCUUCUCGCGCAUUGGCACAGCAUAGCAGAUCUCUCUCAUCGUCGGUCAGGUCACAUUCAUUUUUUCGUGUGAGAUCCAGAUCCAUUGUUCGCUGGUGCGGAUUGACUUCAGUUCCCGGUGCACGAGUUCACUUGCAGGUUUCCUUCAGCAAUCUUUGGAUGCCAUUUUUUCGAGGAAUGGAGUGCUAGCGAGUUAGUCGGAGCGAGCGAGCGAGCCAGAAGGCGAGAGGGAGGAGGGUUAGAGGGACGGGAGCAACGAGCGAGCGAGCCAGGAGAAAGGAGAGGAGAGGAGAGGAGCGAGCGAGGGGGCGAUAGCGAGACGAGUCUAGUAGACAGAGUUUGACAUAGAGAGUGCAAGAGAUGGACCGAUGACAGAACAGCAAGCAAGCUUGUGAGAUUAUGAUGAUGUAGCGUGCACGGAAGGAGAUGAUGGAGUUGAAGUCAAGAUGAGGAUUGGCCAUGCCGAGGUGGUGGAGUUAUAGUAUUGUUGGUUUCGGGCCCCGAGGGAGGGACGGAGGGAGGAAGGAAGGAGACGCAAGAAGUGGAGAGGGAGCGGGCGUGCAUGAGAAAGAGUAAAGCCGAUGCCACGCGAUGCGAUGGCUUUUGCGUAGAGUAGGAUGUUGUCCCUGCAACCAUCGUUGUGUGACCUAAGGUCCGAUGUUGCGCUGCCUUGUGCGUGAUUGAGUGCUCUGCCCGUCCCGAGUGUUCCAGAGGAAUUGAGCCAGAGUUUCCGUUGUUGCACUUUCCCUGACCUGGCCUCUGUGCCCUUUUCUCUGCUGGUUGGUCAUCGAUGUAGAUGAUCCUUCUUCCGAGCCGAAUUUCACGUCUCAUCUGCUGCUGAUGUUACCGUAGAGUUGAGGCCACAGUUUAAGCUUUUAGAUAGAUAGGGGGUGGAGAAAGUUAUCGUGGUUUGGUCACCUACAUAUUUUCCUGGUGCACCACAUCGUUGUUUGGUCGAUUCGUGUAGAGCCUCAUCUGAGUUGAGGGAUGGAUGUGCGAGCGCACGGCCGCUUUUAAUUGUUGAACUCCGGCCGUUGGUUUAGCGUUUUGUUUGAUUUCCUUCCCCUAUUGCCCUGGAACUUUCCCUUCGUUCCCAAAAGUGAACAUUAGAUUUUGGUUCUGAGCACCCCGCGUCAACAGCAAAUUGUGGCACUUUUAGAUCCUUUACCUGUUUAUUGCAACUUCUUACCAUCUUGAAUCCUCCCUUCCCUGUCGAUUAUCACUGGAUACCUCUGAGUGGAGGAGUCUGCUUUAACAGUUUCAGAGUUUCUUAUUCUUAAGCUUCAUCGGCUUACCUUCAAACGAAAAUGUUCGAUUAAUUCUUCCUCGCGUUUGUGCGGUUCAACUGUUCAAGUUUGUCCGGCGGAUUGCCACGUCGGGUGGCCACCUUACCUCAUUUCAGCGAUGGGACAAGAGGUUGCGAAUUCUGUGACUGUCACAGAAGGAUCUCCAGAUCUCGAGGCUCCAGUAUGCCGCAAAACCUUGGAGUACACUUACAGCAGGGACAUUCUACUGUCCUACGCUGAUCUGGAGACUUGCAAGAAGCUGCCGGAUAAUCUUGAUCCACAUGUCUUGAGAGGUGCUCACACGGCUGACAGCGUGGAGGGAGGCAUAGCUAUUCCAGCUGCAUCUGCGCGUGGUCUGGUUCGUCGGGACAGGGAAAGUGAAUUGUACAGCAAGUCACCACAGGAUAUUCCAGAAUGGCGGAAGGAUUCCUGGAGAGCAGGGGGCAGUGGUACUUCCUUACAGCCAAGCCAGAGGCGGAAGCCGUUUGAUGAGGAACCCCCUGGUAAUGCUUUCUCGACAAGCUACCCACCAAGACCAGCAGCAAACUGGGGAGACAAUGUCCAUCUACGGAAUUCAUACGAUAGGCCUGGGCCUACGCUACAAGGACAAGGAUCUGGAAGAUGGGAGCACCGCGUAGGGUUGGGAGAUCGAGAGAGAGAAAAGGGUCGUCCAGUUCCCAACUGGGAGGGUGAUGAACCAGUUCCAGUACCUAUUGUGGUUCCAGAUGGUCCACGAGCCUCUUUCGGCGGUGGUAGUCCCGUUGUUCGUCCUGGAUGGAUGCCUGCCGAACGCGAUGGGCUUUUGGGGAGUGGUGGAAGUCUUCAUGGUGGAAGCCUGCACAGGACGUACACCGGGAACUUUACCACCCCACCUACUGCUCUCAGAGGUGGUCCAGAGCGCCAUAAUAGCAUGGGGCGCAUCAAUAGCCGUACCAAUGAGCCGUAUCUGGUCUCUCGGUCGCUGAAAGUGGUACCCACCUUUACACGACGUGAGGACACGGACUUCGUGAAUGAUGAAACUUUUGGUGGCUCCGAAGAAAUCUCCAACGAGGAGAGAGCGGAACAAGAGCGAAAGCGCAGAGAGUCUUUUGAGUUGAUGCGAAAAGAAAACCAGCGUGUCCUCCAACAUCAGCAAAAACUGCUCACUCAGAAACAAGAAGAGAGACUGGCAAACCCUGAGGCUAUCGCCAUCAGGAAGCACGAUGAGAACACUCUUUGGGACGACAGCAUUACCGGGGAAGUCCACUCAGCAACCUCCCCAAGAUCACCAGAAAAACACUCCCCAACUGAGAUGAAGGAUGCAAUCCCAGCCGGAGGAGGACCUUUGUCUUCUGUGGCACCUUCCACACCGCGACCUGCCAUACCUCCCGGUUUUGCCAAGGUUAUACAACAAAUGCAGACGACACCAAAAGCACCCGCCACAAAAGAGACUCCUAUGGAGGGAGACAGUUCCGAAAAAGAUACGUCGAAGCAGGUACCUUUGCAAACUGAAUCUGCACUCUUGUCGAAGGAAACUGUCGUGGCGGAUGACCCUGUCAAGUUGGAUGAUAAAUUGGUCCCGGUCUCACAUGAUUCUCUCGGUAGACAAGCUGGGGUUCAUACUUCUGUUCCCAUGGCCAUGACACGUGCGGAGUCAAUGAAGAUAGUUACUUCUGCAAACGAGGCAAAGGAGAUAGAGACUCCACGGUCUGUUGUUUCAGAUUCAAACGAGGAACGGGGCGAGGGUUGGAGUUUUAAGAUAGAUGGCUUAUCUGAUAACAAGCAAGGAGCCUCAGGCGAUGAUGUGAAGGAGAAUAUUUUUGUAGGUGUCGACGAGUACAAUAUAAGCCAAGAGUCGUUGCUAGAUAAAUGGUUUGGCAGAACUAAACCCGGUCAAGUUUCUGGAAAGGAUGGGCUUCUGCCCAGUCACCCUCUGGCAGACGAGCCACGAAAUAGACUUCGCAGAGACGAAUCGUGGACGGAAGGUGAUUCGAAAAUGUCUAAGUUUGCUCAGUGGUUUCAUCAAGAAGAGAAGCAGCAGUUCAGGGAAGGUGCUGCAGCGUCUUCUGACAUCAUGUCAUUAUUUCCAAAGGGUGGUUCUUCAAAGGCUACCCCGAGUUUGUCUAAAGAACAGGUCGUUGCCGAAGCUCCGAAAAGAAGUCAUUCUGUAAAUUAUUCCAGAAAUCAUGGCCGAGUGUUGCCAAUGCCGACUGGGCCCUCUUUGGAAGACAUUGAGAAGGGGCUUACAGCAAACGCAAAUGCAGCUGCUGAUCAUGAGCAGAGUGUCACCAAAGAGUCUAUUCUCCUAAGUGCUCUCUCUUUGAAGAACCUAGAAGUUGAACAUAAAGGUGAUCAAUUAACCGGCAUAUUUGGAGAGCAUUCUCCCGUUGGCAAGUUUAAGUUUCAACCUAUUCCACCACCACGAGCAUCAUCCUCUUCUAAAUCGUCCCCCGUUUUUCUGACAUGUGAAGAUAUUGAGCAGUCAAUGCUUGCCGAAGCAGGCACUAACCCUGAGAAAACCAUCCCGAUAAGUGCUCGAACGUCGCGAGUCGGUCACGAGGCAAACAGGAAAGGGGAACAAGGCGGUCAAGCCGCGGACACCUUAGCCUCCCGCCAUCUCUUGUCUCUUUUGCAGAAAGGGGCUCCGGAACGGAAGUACUCCAAGCGGGGUGGUUUGUCCCGGACCGAGUCCUUUGGGGAUAAAGACGUUUCGGAUGCAGAUGAUCACAGCCAUGGUGGUGAUUGGACUUUGACUUCCAACAGUCAGGAGGCCGGCGGAUCUAGCAAAACUCUUCAGGGCGAGAAUCCUACUUUGGAGGCUUUGUUUGGAAAAGCUUUCAUGAGCGAACUACGGUCGGUCGAAGCUCCAGUAUCAUCCAAGACCUUUGCAGGUGAUUAUUAUGGUAAUGGUGAUGGAACACAGGCUGUAUCGGGUGCUUAUUUAGGCAGGCAGUCUUCAGGGAGGAUGAACAACUCUGCUUCGAAUUCCAACAAUUCUAAACCAUGGCUUGGAACUAUUGGACCAUUGUCCAAAAUGCCUUGGGCUGAGAGUAAGAUGCUGGAACCUAACAGGCUUGGACAUAUCCCGGAUCUGCCUGGUCCCCGUCACAAAGGCAAUCACUACAUGGUUCAGGAUCAUGACGAGACUCGUUCUUCACCUUCCUCGGGUCAUGGCUUCUGGGGUAACGGUGUCAAUACCCUCAUGGCCAACGGGAGUCCUCCGCUAACUACAAGUGGUGGACUCAAAGGAAGUUUUGCUAGUAGCUUGGAGAGUAACUCAUUCGCACUUGGUGACGUUGUGGAUAACUCCCCCCGAGGUAAAGGACAUCUGGUUACUGUACCUAGUUCUGAUCUAGACAUCCGCUCUAGUACCAAAGGAGGUGGUGAAGGGGAGAUCGUUACUUCCGGAAGCUUCUCAUCUGUCCAGAUGAGGGCAUCAGAAGACACCGGUCCAACUUCGACUCAGGGGAAAGUUAUUCCCGGGGAUGAACCUAGUAAGGGUCCAAGCUCGUCUUUUGAUUCAUCUGGUCUUUCAAAAGUUUUCAAGGAUGAAAGUUUGGCCAAGAGAAUGGCAGGGGAUAUUGCAGGAAAGUUUACGAUGACGGAACAUGGAGUGACCUCAAGGGAAGAGAAUACCACUAUUUCUAGCCAGGGAUUAGAUAGCUUUCUUUUGGCUUCUCACAAGUUAGAUAGGAAGGAGAUUUCAGAGGAGCUUAGUAACGGUGACAAACUAGGUAUAGCUGACGAGGUUAACUCUGGAAACGAUAGAAAGAUGACAGAUGCUCUGUCCGAAGCUCUGGGCCUAACUGGCAAGGUGAAGGAUGGAAAUGCCAGGGCUUCAACCGCAGGAUUAUCAGAGCAAGCGAACGCAGGGUCGUCGCUUUCACGAGGCAGUAGUUUUUCAAACUCACGAUUCAAGGGCAACUCUGCUGGAGUUAUGCAACCAGUCUCAGGCUUCGCAUCUUUCCCACCAAAUGCUCCUCUACAGCAUCAGCAAUCGCUUGGAGCGGUGUACAGAUCUGAUCCUCCACCCGCGUUGACGCUUCAACCACGACAGUCGUCUUCGAUUCCCGUUCACCAUCACUUACAACAGAGUCCAAGUUCUGGGGCAUUAUCCAUGUUUCCGCCCCAACCUUUCCGUCCUCAGCCAGGGCUACCCCAACAGCAGCAGCUUUUAGCACCCUCUUUCAGUAAUGGAAGCUCAAUGGAGUACCCUCAUAUUGCCUUUGGACAUGGACCUACACCUGCACCAAGCAGGCCCAUCCAUUUCCCACCAUCACCGCACGGGCAUUUAUCUCCUCCAGGGGCAUAUCAUCCAAUGGGGCACAUGGGGCCAGCUCACAAUCACUUCAUGCCAGCUGCGCAGAUGCCCCAGCGAGGACCUGUGAUGUCACCCAUGACUGAUGCUCAUGUGUACAUGCAGGAACAGUCUUUGCACGAUCCACACGGUUUGGGCACUAAACCAGGACCUCCCCCAGGCCCGGCCCUCUUCCCUCUGGGUGGUCAUGCACUGCAUUCUCCACAGGGCCCAAUGUUUCACCAGCCUCUUGGUCACAAUCUACGAGGACAACACAACCAACUUCUUCAAGUGCAGGCACCGUGGGUCCCUCCAUACGGUUCAGAAUUCAUGAGAACUGGGAGCAAGGGACACGAAUCACCGAACUUCGUGAAUGGUAAUGGAGGGGCUGUUGGAGGAGGUGGGACUGCGCUAGACAGGUGGUUUGGCAUGGACCUGCCGAGGAAUCUCUCUGGCAUUCCCACUCCCGGGCUCAUACAGCUCUCACCCCAUGGGUUGGAGGCAGACAGUAAAAUGCGAUUUGGAUAGAGAGAUCGUAGUAGCAUGGAUUAUAGGAUCCAGGCUUUUGUCUCUACAUGUUACGACAUACAUGUGACAGAUGUGGGCAAGUCGCUGUAUUUACGAGAGGGAUGUAGUGAGUUUGAUUCAAAGCCCUUUGGGAGAAGUGUCAGAUUGGUUUUAUUGAUUGCUUGAUGUAAGUAAACUGAAUGGGUACUACUGUAUAUGCGUAUGUAUCUGUAGUCGACUGUUGGGAUGGUGUUCUUCAGAGGACAUGGAAACUCAUGUUUAUUUUGCUGAAGCCUGUGGUAUUCCUAAAUGCUUUCUGGAAGACUGUAACAGUAAACAUGGUGACAUGGGUUGGUAGUCAUGAUCAUCGAGGUGUUUUCCCUGAAAUUUCUCCAUCAUUUUUUGGAGUAGUAAUGCGACCGGAAAGGUGCCGUUCUCUGGAAUUUCGACAGAUCUCUUACUUGGAUUACUGCGAUGGCUCCAUGCCGUCAACUGGAGCCUUGAACCACUGGUAAGCAAGAAGAGUUUUGGCGAGUUCACGUGGAGGCUGCCUCUUUAAGCUCGGAUCAGAGCAGGAGGGCCGAUUAGAUUCGAAAGCAACCAUUGGCAUGGGAGAUUUCAGCGAUGCGGGAACAAUUGUUUGUCAGUUCGAAUGGCAAGCAGUUGAGGGUGGGGGGAGGGGGAAGGAAAGGAGCAAGUGCACAUGCUGUGGGCGGAAAACCUGUGUACGUACGUACGUCGUGCACACUGGACAAAGAUGCGACGGAUUCUGAAAACAGUCUUCAAAGGAAGGUGUGGGAUAAUCUGAACUCCAGUGCCGGAGGUGCUCCUGCCAAACUUGUAUGUAUUUGACGAUAAUCCUGAUUGUGAAACUUGCACUGCAGCUUUGAUGUCUUUAAACAUUUGCUUUGGAGGUGGUGCCAGUACUAGAUAGGUCUGCUAUUGUCCAGCCAUCUUAGGAUUAUAUACUCUAGCUUAAGAAUUUCCAGCAAUUCAAAGCUGCUGAUGUAUUGAGCCGACUCCACAGUGGUAAAUGGAUCAUAGAACAAGCGACCUUAGUUCCUAGAAAGUGCAAGUAUUGCACAUUUUACCCCGUGUUCUGAUCAAACAGGUGUCUCUUCUCUCCAUCAAGGAGAGGACACAUAUGGUUAGGAUUAGUCCUGGGAGUUAGCAUAGGAGGUAACGUAUGUGUAUGUAUCAUGAAAAGGCUAGUGUGAGGAAUACAUGUGCUGGUAUAUUCAGUGGAUUGUGCCCGGCUGCUAUUCCAGAGCCGAGUGUCUUCUUGUAGACUAAUAAAUCGACAAGAAGGUUGUCCAUGAGUUGGGCUCUAUUGCUCGUACGCUCACUCGCACCUUGGUCGAGCUACCUU